AUGGCUCAACAAAACAUUCCUACCUUUAAGCUUGUUCUCGUAGGAGAUGGUGGUACUGGUAAAACCACUUUCGUCAAACGCCAUUUGACUGGUGAAUUUGAAAAGAAGUACAUUGCUACUUUGGGUGUCGAGGUUCACCCCUUACACUUCCACACCAACUUUGGUGAACUUUGCUUCAACGUCUGGGACACUGCUGGCCAAGAGAAGCUCGGUGGUCUUCGUGACGGUUAUUAUAUUCAGGGUCAAUGUGGUAUUAUUAUGUUUGAUGUUACUUCUCGUAUCACUUACAAGAACGUUCCUCACUGGUGGCGUGAUCUUGUCCGUGUUUGUGAAAACAUUCCCAUUGUCCUCUGCGGUAACAAGGUUGAUGUUAAGGAGCGUAAGGUAAAGGCUAAGGCCAUCACCUUCCACCGCAAGAAGAACCUCCAAUACUAUGACAUCUCCGCCAAGUCUAACUACAACUUCGAGAAGCCUUUCUUAUGGCUUGCCCGUAAGUUGGUUGGUAACCCCAACUUGGAAUUUGUUGCUUCUCCUGCUCUUGCUCCUCCUGAGGUUCAAGUUGACCAGCAAUUGUUGGCUCAAUACCAACAAGAAAUGAACGAGGCUGCUGCUAUGCCUCUUCCUGACGAAGAUGAUGCUGAUUUGUAG